CUCCAAAAUAAGACACACAGAAAGUGUUCCUAAAAGUUGGUUAGAUUACAUAAGAUUUUCUAGAACAGCUUUUGCUAAAACUCGUUGCCUUAAAUUCAAACCCAAGUUUAGUUUUCAGUAAAUUUAGCAUCAUAGAUUGGAAAAUAGUUCCCAGCCUCUGUUGGGCAUGUUUCAAAUCUGCAAUUUCCAAACGUGCGGAGCCAUGAUCUUGUUGUGGACCAUUGAAUAAUUUUGCUGGAGCAUCCAUCUCAAAGACUGGAAUAUCUGUAAUUGGAAGUAAUAGGAACAUGGCUCAGAGUCUGGAAGGUAUUAAGGGUGGAGGAGGAUCCAUUAAGCUAGGGACCACAGGAACAAUCAGUUCCUUAAUGACAAGGGAAUUGGAUCACAUCUCUUCUGCACCACACAAGCAGGUAUCUUCAAGAAGUAAACCUCAAGCACUUCCUGUUUCAAUUCCAUGUGGUAAUACAACUCCAAAAAGACUACAACCAAGAAAAUCAUCAGUUGAAGCCAGUAGCAGUGGAAGCAGUAAAAGUACAAACCGUAGAAGUCCUGGCCUAUCCCAGAAAACAAAAACUAGUGGCAGAAAUACACAUAGAAUACCCAUGCUAGGUUCUGAUAGCUUUUCGGUGGACAGAGUUCCAGUCAGGGAGAAAAAUGAUAAAAAGUUACCUAACAUUGUUGAAGUUGUGGACAUAAAAUGUGGUAAUGCAGAAAAGGCUUGGGCUACACCCUUAACAAGUCGUCUUAAGAAGCUUGGUUUUUCAAAGCUGUCUGAGAGCAUUAUCUAAACCUGAAAAUUUUUAGUGUCUGACUUCAGGUUCCUGUAACCGAAUGCUGAGGUCCCAUUUGGCCUACCAUUGUCUGAUACAUCCACCAUAGAACACAUGCUUGGUAGGAGCUUGCUACUUCCUCGCUUUUUCUUUGUACUUUCUUCUACUGUAGAUACAAAUGUAGUUCUGGAACUUGUACUAAUGGAAGAACCCACUUCUGUAAUUUCGAACUUGUUCCUCUGUGAACUGUCUUGUGAAUUCGAAUCAAUCCUAUUG